AUUUUCACCCAUCGUAGCUCAUCGCCUUCAUUCUCAUUCACCUCGCUCUUACCAGUGCAUAGGCUCAUUCUACUCGGGGGUGUCAAUGGCCUUCUCCAUACAUUGGUUGAUCGAUUUGGUAUUCUUCCCGAUCUUCGCAUCUUCAACCACCUUUUGCUACUACUUCCUCUUCAUUGGACGGACUUGCAAACAAACCCAGACAAACCUGGAAGCAAAGCCAACGAGGUCCAUGAUGACGCUUUUCAUGGGCCUUUGCCUUCAUCUGAUUCAUUUAAAAUGGUCGACUUUGAAUCCUGGGAAGCUGUCUUCCUCCAUAUUGUGAGUCGAGUCUGGCGUCUACGGCCGGAUAUACACAUGUAUAAUCUGCUAAUCCUCCGGCGAAUACGGCUUAACGAAAACGCAGUAGACCUGUUGGAGGAGGCUCUUAAACUGGGAAUUCUCCCCAAUCAGGAGUUCUUUUUCUAA